UCACCUUGCCUCCGGCGUAGUCAGCAGUAAACGGAAGUCUCCUAGAGCCUCCGCGCCUCUUCCAAGGACUUGGACCCGCGCUCAUCUGUUCCUCAUGGGCAACUACCUAGGCAAGCCCGCCCCCCCGCAGCCUGCCUCCACCUCGGAGGCCAGGGACCUGCGGGAGAGGCCUGGCCGCCGCCCGCCCACCCGCCCCAUGCCGCCAGCUCCAUCAGGCCAUACCCCCGGGGUUCAUACUCACCCCUCCCUACCCACUCCUCUUCCCCGACCCUCUAGGAGGACGGCCCUCCGGGGUUGUGGCCCUGUAGCACAUCGGUUUGUAAUAACACCUCGAAGGAGAUACCCAAUCCAGCAGGCCCACUAUGCCUCGCUGGGGGUCCUUCCCACGGUGUGCUGGAAUAGUUGUCACAGGAAGACUGUGCUCUCUGCUCGCAAUUCCAAAGUGGUGUGCAGCCCAGUGAGAGUGAGGAUUGCUCCUCCGGAUAGCAAGCGGAUUCGUCCCCCGCUAUCAGAGCAGAGUAGCAGCUCAACCGUGUCCUCCCCAUCAGCUAGUGCCCCAGACCCAUGUGCAAAGGAGACUGUGCUGAGUGCCCUCAGAGCGAGGAAGAAAAGGACGGUGAAGGAGGAAGACCAAAUACUGGCUGAUGGCCAGGAAGAAAAGAGAAGGCGCCAGGACAGCAGUGGACGUGGACAUUCAGCAUUUGAGCCGCUGGCGGCCAGUGGAAUCCCUGCCUCUUUUGUGCCUAAGCCUGGGUCUCUGAAGAGAGGUCUCAGUCCCCAGAGCUCAGAUGCCCACUUAAAUAAGAGGUCACGCACCUCUUCUCUGAGCUCCUUGACCAGCACGUACUCAGGCGGCGUGCCCAUCUCCAGGCGCAAUGCCAUCACCAGUUCUUACAGUUCUACUGGAGGUCUCUCUCAGCUGCGGAAGAGGAGUGGUCCUAGGUCAUCCCCCUUCUCCAGGCCAGCUUCGUCCUGCUCCCAGGCUCUAGCGAGGCCAGCAAAGGAAAUAAGAGAAGAGGAACUUUCUCAUCAUUCGGCUUCUUCAACUGCAUUCACAACAGACAAGGAGUCCCAGGGAGCAGAAGUUGCCGAUACCACCACAAGGGAGAAAGAGAACUCGUGGAGUUCUCCACCAACACCUGGCAGCUCAGGGCAGCGUAAGCGGAAGGUGCAGCUGCUGCGGUCCUGGCGAGGGGAGCAGCUGACCUUGCCUCCACCUCCCCAGCUUGGGUAUUCAGUCACUGCGGAAGACUUAGACUUGGAAAAGAAAGCUUUGUCACAAUGGUUCAGCGAGAUCUUGGAGGAUAAGACUGAUACUGCCUUGAGCGCUGUCCCUGAGAACCCACCUACCGGUCAGCCUCCGGUCUCUUUCAGCCUGCCUACUGCUGGGACUCCUGCCACCAAAACCUCCCUCCCAGCCCCAAGCCCUAGCCCACUGUUGAAGAGCUUGAAGAAGCAGCAGGAUUCCCCAGGCCUACCAUCGCCCCCCAAGUCUGCUGGCAUGGCAAGCCCUGUGGCCCAUUCGCCUCCGAAGACACCCAGCCCUCUGGCCCCUCUUGGCUCUUCACAGUCAGGGCCUCUCGCGGGCACCUCCUCGGACUGCAAACCUACAGCCGUUUUCUGUGGCGGCACCCUUACCCCCGCUUCUUCCACAGGACCAGUCACUGACACCAAGUCACCUCCAGCCCCUGAGGCUGAGACGUCUGCCAACUCCCAAGCCUUGUCGGCCCCCCCUCCCCCUCCCAAGCAGAACAUUCCUUGUAGAAUGCUGGGCACCUCACCUGCUAAGCCUCCUGCCUCUGCAGCUCCUGCUGUGUCUUCACCAUCUCCCGUGCUAGAUCCCAUUUUUUGGCCCCCUCCUAAAAGCAAGAACGAGGGCCCCUUGCCCUCUAGCCCUUCCAAGGUCCCAGCCACCACAUCUUCCAGCUCAGCCCUCCCCGCAAGUACCCGCAGCCCAUCCCGCACUUUUAAACCUGGCUUUCACACCAGGGAGGCCCCUGCAUCCGUGCCCAUAGUAACUCCCUUCUUCAAGCAGGCAGCUCCUCCAGCCAGUGCUAUGAGCGCCCCUCUCUUCCCUGGCCAGACCCGCGCCACCUCUGCAGUGGCUGCUGCGACCACAGCUGGCACCUCCGUAGACUCUGCUCUGAAGCCCGUGUUCAGCUUCCGUGUGAGCAGCAUGACCAGCACCCUGAGCCGCGUGACUAGCACCACCGCUUCCACCUCCCAGCCCGUCCUCUUUGGGACUCCCUCUGCCUCUGGUGGCAGCUUCACAAACCCAGCUGUGGGUUCCAGCUCCAUAGUCCAGCUUGGUAAGCCUCCCACCAUGCCUCCUUCAAGAGCAGUCACCAGCUUUGGCCAGUCCCUUCCCGGUGCCCCUCAGGCAGUGGCCAGCAGCAGCAGCAGCAGCAGCAGCAGCAGCAGCAGCAGCGCUAGCACUGCUGGCUUUAGUGAUUUGGGCAGCAGCCUUCCAGCCUCUGCCCCAGCCACCACCAGCCAGGCCACGCUGACAUUCAGUAGCACCCCCCGCCCAGCCAUCAGCGUUCCCUUUGGCUCAAGUGCCAAGCCAGGAUCCAACGCCCAGCCCAGGUUUGGGGCCACUGAUGGGCAGCAGCAGUGGGCUGCCAAGCCAUCCCUUGUCCCCAGCUUGUGCAGCUCCUUCACGUUGGGAAACUCUGCAGCCCCCGCCCCGACUGCCACUCCAGCCACAGCCCAGCCAGCCUUUGGCAGCACCACACAGUCCACUCUUGGUGGCCUGAAAGCCACAGCCUCUGCCUCGGGCACCCUUGCCGGCCCCCAGCCAGCCUUUGGCAGCACCACAGCCGUUUUCUCCUUUGGUGCAGCCACCACCUCUGGCUUUGGAGCUACAGCCCAGACCACCGGCAGUGGGGCCAGUCGCUCCAGUAGCACGACACCAUCUCCCUUCACAUUUGGGGGACGGGCAGCCCCACCGUCUGGCAGCAGAGGCUUUGGGCUCAGUGUGGCUUCGCCAGGCACCAGCUCUGCCUCAGGAGCCUUUGGCUCCGGAGCAGGACAGAGUGGGACCGCUGGCAGCACGACUCCUUUUGUGGGAGGCUUGAGUCAGAAGAGCCUGGGUGCACCCAGCCAGAACACAUCCUUUGGCCUCAAUGUGGCCUGCAGUGCAGAGAGCCAACCUGUGUUUGGAGGCGCCUCCACGCCCACCUUUGGUCAGAGCACCCCUGGCCCUGGGGUGGGCACAUCAGGCAGCAGCCUCUCCUUUGGGGCGUCCUCAACACCCAUCCAGGGCUUUGUUAGAAAAGGACCUUCCUUUUCCAUUGGUGCGGGACCCAAGCCCCCAGGGGCUUGGCAACAGCUACAGGCCCGGAGGCAGCACACUAGCAAGAAGUAGCCCCUGGCCCUUACCCCCCCUCCCACUCCCCUUUACCCCUCCUGCCAACAACUGGACCUUGGCACCUGCCAGAAAGAGCCUCUCACCUUCUCGUUCCAUGAAGCUGAGAUCUCUGAACCAGUCCUGCUUCAGCCAUGGGGCGGGGAGGAGGAGUGGCAGGUGCAGAGGCUGCUCCCUGUCUUGCAGGAAGCAGAAGGCCGAGGCCUCUGGGGGGAUGGGAAGGCAGGAAGGGUGGCCGGGCCGAAGCCUGUGACCUUACUUGAACAGUUGCACUGGUGAGGCUGGCGAGAACUGAGGAAACAGCUGAACAAGGAAGCCUGCUUCCUUCCCUGAGGCUCGCGUGGUAUAUACGCUUAGUGAGGCAGCUCCCUUGCCAGCGUUUCCCUGAGAGCCAGCUCUGCUGGAGAGUGGCAGGUAGAGACCUCACCCCUUGCAUCUCUGAUAUGCAUUUGAUGGGCUUGGGGGAAGCGCUUAUCCCUAUAGCUUUACCUUGCUUGGCUUGGCUAUGCAAGGUGCGUCUCCCCAUCUUGUCCCAUUAGAGGACUCAGUGUCUCCAUUCCUGCUGCUUUGUCUGUCACCGACUGCUUGCAGGAUCAAUUCCUUUUGAAAUGAUCCUGAGUCUAGCUUUGCCUUGGAUACCCCAGUGGGUGCUGCUCCUCAAGUCGGAGCCUCUGUUUCAUCGCCAACCCUCUCUGCCAGUUUGGCCCCCACGAGCUUGGUGGCUCAGGACUGUUAGCCUGGCAGAUGGAGGGGUGACCUGUCACUCUGGGAGAGGGAAGCUCUUGGAACAGGCAGGAUGCCCACCACUGCUUUCAGCUGCCUCCUUGUCCACCUUCCCUGUUGGCCUCACUGGACUUAUCUACCUCCCCGGGAUCACAUGUUUAAGCCUUAUUCUGUAUUACUUUAUCGGAUGCUCAUGUCCAUUGCUCUUAGAGUCGAGAUUGAUGGAAUAAUUGAAUUGUAUGAGUGGCGGCACGUUGGUAAUGCUGGACGGAACUGUUUAAGUUUCUGGGGCCUCGCUAUUUGAAUGUGGAAAGUAGCACCACUUGAUGGCUCCAAGUGCUGAGUCUUGACUUUUCAGUUGGUGUUUUGACCUUCAGGGCUGGCGGCCUAGGUGGAUGGGGCCACUUUUUUUCUUUGCCCAUCUACCUAACCUCAUGGCAGGCUAGAUCACCCAUCGUAUAAGUUAGAAAGCGUUUAAGUAAUAAGCAACAUUUUAAAACCGUAUCUUACUCCCCCCGCCCCUUCCUUUCUUCUUCCUUUUUUCCAAAACCACGUACCCCAGGCCCAAGAGCCUGGCUGCCACGCCUAUCCUCUUUGGGAGAAGCAUGAGUGCGUGUGUCGAAGUGAAAAGAAAAACAUCCUUAAACAUUUCCAACCAGAUAAAAUAGUUAUUUUUGUGUUUAAGCUAAAUUGCCUUUUAAAUUCCUUCAAGCUUGGUUCAUUGAGGUGGUUAAAGACUAUAGACUAUAGACUAGAAAUUAGCUGUAUAGUUCAGUAAUGCCUGUGUGAAGAAGAGGCUCAAAUGCUGUCCCAGGCAGCCUUUCCGAGGGCCUGGAGCUUCUGCUGGAAGCACAAAAUGUCAUUCUUAUUUUAUAAAUGUGACGGAGGUGUAAGGAGUCCCCCUGCCCAUUUUGACUGAGGGUGACUGUCUGCUGGACAGCUCGACUCCUGGAGAGCUCGACUCCUGGCUGUUGUGUGUGGAGCUGAGGAGGGACCUGAACCUGGAACUCGACUCCUGGCUGUUGUGUGUGGAGCUGAGGAGGGACCUGAACCUGGAACAUCUGCCAGGACGAGAGGGGGGUGGGGCACAGGCCUAGAAAUCAGGCUUCUGCCUACACCUUACAUAAGGCAGACCCUCUCAGGUUAGUCCUCUGAGCUAGCUUGCCUCAGUUCCCCAGGCAGGACCCUUGGUCCAGGAACCCCCAGGAGACCAAAAUAUUAUUCUGCUCUUCUGAGGAUUGCAAGGAAAUACGGGAAAAAAGGUUUCUCCUCAAAAGGUACAACCAGUCUGACUUUCAGCUACAGUGUGAGCCUCAUUUUCAAAUGUAUACAGUGCUUCCAGUUCUUGAAUACUUCUGCGUUACAAGAGCAUGCAGCUUUGGACUACCUGUUGGCACUGUCCCCCCUGCUAGGCAUUUUCAGAAUUGCUCCAUGAGUUUACAGUUUUUUCUUUUAGUAUACUUUUGAUUGCAAAAUGUGACUGUCAUUGUUACCCUUUUAUCCAUUAACUUUGUUCUUACGGAAUCAUUCCCUUUUAAUGUUUCCUUUAAGUUUUUGGGUAAUUUUGUGAGACAGCAGCAGUAAAUGUAUGUAUGGAACCUGCCGUUUUUCGUUUGAAGACUGCUAUUUAAAAAUGUAACAAACAUA